GUGUAGCCCCGCCCCCCGCCCCGGUCCCGGCAGCGAUGGCGGCGCCGCUGGAGCCGCCGCGGGUGCCCGAGAUGCUGGUGCGGGGCAGCAAGUUCAUCCGCUGGGAGGAGGAACCGCCCACCCGCACUCUGGUGACGCUGCGAGUGGACCCCGACGGCUUCUUCCUCUACUGGAGCGGUCCCAGCAUGGAGGUGGAGGUGCUGGACAUCACCUCCAUCCGCGACACCCGCACGGGGCGCUACGCACGGGUGCCCAAGGACCCGCGGGCGCGGGAGGCGCUGGGUUUCGGGGUGCCGGGGGCUCACGCCCCGUGCCGCCUCCUCACCGUCGUCCACGGCCCCGACAUGGUCGGCGUCUCCUUCCUCAACUUCAUCGCCGUCCAGGACGACGUCGCCCAGGUGCUGACCCCCGUUUUUGGGGUCUUCCCUCCAUUUUUGGGGGUGCUGAGCCCUGGUUUUGGGGGUGCUGAGCCCCGGUUUUGGGGUGCCCCCGUUUUUGGGGGGCAGGUGUGGACGGAGGAGCUGUUCAAGCUGGCGACGAACAUCCUGGCGAGGAACGCGGCGAGGAACACGCUGCUGCGCAAGGCAUACACGAAGCUGAAGCUGCAGGUGAACCCGGAUGGACGAAUCCCCGUCAAGAAUAUCCUGAAGAUGUUCUCAGCUGACAAGAAGCGCGUGGAGUCGGCGCUGGAGUCGUGCGGCCUCAGCUGCAACCGGGGCGAGGCCAUCCCCACCGAGGAGUUCACGCUCGACACCUUCAGGCGCUUCCUCAGCAAACUCUGCCUCCGCCCGGACAUCGACAAAAUCCUCCUGGAGAUCGGAGCCGCGGGGAAGCCCUACCUGACCUUGGAGCAGCUCCGGGACUUCAUCAACACUCGCCAACGCGACCCUCGCCUCAACGAGGUCCUCUUCCCACCCCUCAGCCCUGAGCAGACCCAGCAGCUCAUCGAGCGCUAUGAACCCAACCAGCAGUUCCGCGAGAGGGGGCAGAUGUCGGUCGAGGGGUUCGGGCAGUUCCUGGGGGGGGAGGACAACGCCAUCGAACCCCCCGAGUCGCUGCGGCUCCACCACGACAUGGGGCACCCCCUGCCCUGCUACUUCAUCAGCUCCUCCCACAACACCUACCUCACCGCGGGGCAGCUGGCGGGCGCCUCCUCGGUGGAGAUGUACCGUCAGGUCCUGCUGAGCGGCUGCCGCUGCGUGGAGCUCGACUGCUGGCAGGGCCGCCCGCCCGACGAGGAGCCCGUCAUCACCCACGGCUUCACCAUGACCACCGAGGUGCCCUUCAAGGAGGUGAUCGAGGCCAUCGCCGAAAGCGCCUUCAAGACGUCGCCGUACCCCGUCAUCCUCUCCUUCGAGAACCACGUCGACUCGGCCAAGCAGCAGGCGAAGAUGGCAGAAUACUGCCGGAGCAUCUUUGGGCCGGCGCUGCUCACGGAGCCCCUCGAGAAGUACCCGCUGGAGCCGGGGGUGCCGCUGCCGAGCCCCCAGGAGCUGAUGGGACGGAUCCUCAUCAAGAACAAGAAACGGCACCCGCGGGGGCACCCCCCGCGCCCCAAAACUGACGCUGGGUCCCCCCCAUCGGAGCCCCCUGAAACUGGGCCCCCCCCAGUUCCCAACGGGGAGGAGAGGGGGAACCCCAAGUUGGGAGAACCUCGAAAAUCCAUCGACCGCGAGGCCGAGAGUGAGGAGGAGGAAGAGGAGGAGGCGGCGGAGAUGAAGAAGCCGACGACGGACGAGGGCACGGCGAGCAGCGAGGCGGGGGCCACCGAGGCCAUGUCCACGCUGGUCAACUACAUCGAGCCCGUCAAGUUCAAAUCCUUCCAGGCUGCCAGCAAGCGCAACAAAGCGUUCGAAAUGUCGUCCUUCGUGGAGACCAAAGGGCUCGAGCAGCUCACCAAGAGCCCCCUCGAGUUCGUCGAGUACAACACGCGCCAGCUCAGCCGCGUCUACCCCAAAGGGACCCGCGUCGACUCCUCCAACUUCCAGCCCCAACUCUUCUGGAACGCCGGCGUCCAGAUGGCGGCCCUCAACUUCCAGACCCUCGAUGUGGGGCUGCAGCUGGCGCUGGGGCUGUUCGAGGGCAAUGGCCGCUCGGGGCUGUUGCUGAAGCCGCCGUUCCUGCGGCGCCGCGAUAAGGCCUUCGACCCCUUCGCUGAGGGGCUCCUCGACGGCAUCGUCGCCAACAGCCUCCGGGUCCAGGUGCUGUCGGGGCAGUUCCUGUCGGAGCGCCGCGUGGGGGUCUAUGUGGAGGUGGAUGUUUUCGGGGUUCCGGCUGACACGCGGCGCCGGUUCCGCACUCGCCUCUGCGCCGGCAGCGCCUUCAACCCCCUCUGGGACGACGAGGCCUUCGUCUUCCCCAGGGUGCUGGUACCCGCUUUGGCCUCUCUGCGCGUCGCGGCCUACGAGGAGGGGGGGCGGUUCCUCGGGCACCGAGUGCUGCCCGUGGGGGGGCUCCGAUCGGGGUACCACUAUGUCUGCCUGCGCAAUGAGAGCAACCAGCCGCUGUGCCUCCCCGCGCUGCUCCUGCACACCGAGGCCUGCGACUACGUCCCCGACGGCCACCAGGAUUAUGCCGAGGCGCUGAGUAACCCCAUCAAACACGUCAGUCUGAUGGACCAGCGAGCGCGGCGCCUGGAGGCGCUGAUGGGCGACGGCGAAGAAGACCCCGAGAAGCCUCGUGAGAGCCCAGUGGGGGGGGCGGGUGCUGAGCCCCCUCCAGAGCCCCCCCAGAAUCUUGGGGUGCCCCCACCCGGCCCCCCCCCAGCUCCCAGCCAAGGGCAGAGGGACGACCUCAUUGCCAGCGUUCUGACAGAGGUGGCCCCGCAGUCGCUGGAGGAGCUGCGGCAGCAGAAGGCGUACGUGAAGCUGCUGAAGGCGCAAAGUCGGGAACUGCAGGAGCUGCGCAAGAAGCACCUCAAGAAGUUGGGGACCCUCCACAAGCGGCUGGCGGGAAGCAAAGGGGGGGAGCCCGGGAGGCUCCUGCAGCUGCGGGAGGAGCAGCACCAGGCGGAGCUGGGACGGCAGCGGGAGCACCUGCGGCAGGCCCUGCAGAGGCUGCGGGAGGUGGCACUGGAGGCGCAGGCCGCCCAGCUCAAGCGCCUGCGCGAGACCAGUGAGAGGGAGAAGAAGGAACUGCAGAAGAUUCUGGAUCGGAAGCGACACAACAGCAUCAGCGAAGCCCGGGGGCGGCGGCAGGGGGGGGAGCUGACGGAGAUCAACCGGCGCCACAUCAGCGAAUCCGUGUCCUCCAUCCGCAGGCUGGAGGAGGCGCAGAAGCGGCGUCAGGAGAAGCUGCUGGAGGGGCAUCGAGGGGUCCUGGAGCAGCUGCGGCUCGAGGAGCCACCAGACUUGGGGUGCCUCCAGACCCCCCAAACGGAGCCGCCGCCUCCCGGCAACACCACUGUGCUCUGACCCCCCCCAUUUUGGGGCCCCCCCAGAUCUUGGAGGGGGAGGGGGGGCUUAAAAUCUUGGGGCUCCCCCCCCCAAAGUCACCCCCCCCGACUUUGGGGCCCCCCUUUUCCCUGGGGGGGGGCCUUGCACCCCCUAUUAUGACCACUAAGG